AUGAAUUUAAAUGACUCAAAAGUAAUGCCUGUUCACCAGAUCAAUGUUAAUCCCCCUGAUUGGCAAUCACCCCAAUCUCUUGAUCCUUCUAAUAAUACCAGUCCAUCAGGAGGUGGUGAAUGGUCACCAAAAGAACCAACGUACGCGACAGUUGUCACUGUACUACCAAAUCAUUGUCAUUCCUCUAUAAGCACACUGUCCUCAAGUAACCAUGACAUUUGUCGGAUAUGCCACUGCGAAGGUGAUAUUGGAGCUCCUCUUUUAGCGCCGUGUUAUUGCAGUGGUAGUUUACGUUAUGUACAUCAGGCGUGUCUUCAACAGUGGAUUAAAGCAUCAGACACACGUGCAUGUGAAUUAUGUAAAUUUUCAUUUAUUAUGCACGCAAAAACAAAACCAUUUUCAGAGUGGGAAAAAUUGGAAAUGUCAGCACCAGAAAUACGAAAAUUAUGGUGUGCUGUUGCAUUUCACGCAGUAGCUGCUCUGUGUGUAGCUUGGUCUCUUUAUGUUUUGGUUGAACGAAGCGUUGAAGAAGCGCGUAAAGGAUUCGUUGAUUGGCCAUUUUGGACAAAAUUAAUAGUCGUUGUAAUUGGUUCUACUGGUGGUCUUGUAUUUAUGUACAUUCAGUGUAAAGCUUACAUUGAAUUAUGCAGAAGAUGGCGAGCGUUCAACAGAGUGAUAUUUAUUCAAAAUGCUCCAGAAAAAGUGGUGCUUCCUCCUUCACCAACAGAUUCACUUAGAGAAGUGACGUUACCUUUAAAAGAUCCCACUGCCUCAUUGCCAGAGUUAAAUCGUAGUCUAUUACCGAGAACUUUAGAUCCCUCUUGCGCCUCAGAAACAGUUAAACCAGAGGUUGCUUCGGCUGCCCAGAGACACGAUGCUCAACUCAAAUUAUACGUAUUCGACAAAUUGUCAUCGUCCGAGGAUAAUCUGUAG